GGGCGAGCCGGGUAGGCUGCGCGGCACGCCGAGCGGGGGCAGCGGGCGAUGGCGGCCGCGGCGGCUGCGGCCGGUCGGCUGCGCUGGGUGCUGGCCGUGCUCUGGCUGGGCCGCGCCGCGGGCGAGGUGGCGUCCGGCCCGCGGCCGCUCGGCCUCUGCCUGGAGGAGGUGGGCUCCGGGCGGGCGCGCGGAGAGGCCGCCCCGGAGGCCACCUUCCGGCUGCGCCUCCUGGGCUCGGGCUGGGCCAACAGCUCCUGGACCUGGGCGGCCCCCGAGGGCGCCGGCUGCCCCGAGGGCGGGCCGGCCGCGGCGGCCGCGGAGGCGGUGCCGGCCGCCCCGGGCGAGUGGCGCGCGCUGCUGCGCCUGCGCGCCGCGGCCGGGCGGCCGCCGUCGCCGUCGGCGCUGCUGGCGGUGCGCGUGGAGCCGGGCGGCGGCGGCGGCGGCGGCGGCGGCGCGGAGGAGGCGGCGCCCCCGGCCUGGGCGCUGGGCCUGGCGGCGGCGGGGCUGCUGGCGCUGGCGGCGCUGGCCCGCGGCCUGCAGCUGAGCGCGCUGGCGCUGGCGCCGGCCGACGUGCAGGUGCUGCGCGAGAGCGGCUCGGAGGCGGAGCGCGCGGCGGCGCGGCGCCUGGAGCCCGGGCGGCGCUGGGCCGGCUGCGCCCUGGGCGCGCUGCUGCUGCUGGCCAGCCUGGCGCAGGCGGCGCUGGCGGUGGUGCUGUACCGCGCGGCGGGCCAGCGCGCCGCGCCCGCCGUGCUGGGCUGCGCGGGGCUGGUGUUCCUGGUGGGCGAGGUGCUGCCGGCCGCCGUGAGCGGGCGCUGGGCGCUGGCGCUGGCGCCGCGCGCGCUCGGGCUCAGCCGCCUGGCCGUGCUGCUCACGCUGCCCGUGGCGCUGCCCGUCGGGCAGCUGCUGGAGCUGGCGGCGCGGCCCGGGCGGCUGCGCGAGCGCGUGCUGGAGCUGGCGCGCGGCGGCGGCGACCCCUGCGGCGAGCUGGGCCGCGGCGCGCUGCGCCACCGCACCGUGGAGGACGUGCUCACGCCGCUCGAGGACUGCUUCAUGCUGGACGCGCGCGCCGUGCUCGACUUCGGCGUCCUGGCCGGCAUCAUGCAGAGCGGCCACACGCGCAUCCCCGUCUACGAGGACGAGCGCUCCAACAUCGUGGACAUGCUCUACCUCAAGGACCUGGCCUUCGUGGACCCCGAGGACCGCACGCCGCUCUCCACCAUCACCCGCUUCUACAACCACCCGCUGCACUUCGUCUUCAACGACACCAAGCUGGACGCCGUCCUGGAGGAGUUCAAGCGAGGGAAGUCCCACCUGGCCAUCGUGCAGAAGGUGAACAACGAGGGCGAGGGUGACCCCUUCUACGAGGUGCUGGGCCUGGUCACUUUGGAGGACGUCAUCGAGGAGAUCAUCAAGUCUGAGAUCCUGGAUGAGUCGGAAGACUACCCAGGAGCUGACAUGGGGAGGAAGAGGGCUGUUCCCCUGAGUGCUCCGCGGAAGCAGAAGGAGGACUUCUCCUUGUUCAAGGUGUCUGACGAGGAGUAUAAAGUGAAGAUCUCCCCUCAGCUGCUCCUGGCCACCCAGCGCUUCCUUUCCAGAGAGGUGGACGUGUUCAGCCCCCUGCGAAUCUCCGAGAAGGUCUUGCUGCACCUGCUGAGGCACCCCAGCGUGAACCAGGAGGUGAAGUUUGACGAGAGCAACCGCCUAGCGGCCCAUCAUUACCUGUACCAGCGAAGCCAGCCGGUCGACUACUUCAUUCUCAUCCUGCAGGGCAGGGUUGAGGUGGAGAUUGGGAAGGAGGGCCUCAAGUUUGAAAACGGAGCCUUCACCUACUACGGAGUGUCGGCCCUGACAGCACCGUCCUCAGUUCACCAGUCCCCAGUGUCCUCGAGGCAGCCUGCUCGCCAUGACCUGCCGCCCGAGCCCGCGGAGAGCCCGCGGCCCGCCCCGUACUGCCCCGACUACACCGUGCGGGCCCUCUCUGACCUGCAGCUCGUUAAGGUUACCCGGCUGCAGUACCUCAACGCGCUGCUGGCUACGCGGGCGCAGGGCCUGCCGCCCUCCCCCGAGCCCGCCGGCCUGCACCCCAUCCCCGGCAGCCAGACCAGGCUCCUGGCCGACAAGCCUGCCGCCGCCGCAGGGCCUGGUCACGGCAGCCAGCCUGGCAUGGCGGUGGAGGAGAGCCCCGGGCGGAACCCGGGGGUCUGACUGCUCGCCAGCCCCGAGCUGGGCACGCACGGGGUGGCUGGAGGAGCCGCGCCCCGACCCUCCGGGCCACGUUUUAGAUGGCCCUCGUCAGUGGGCCCUGCGCCGCCUCUGGAGACGGGCUGAGCCAGGCGCAGCCGCGCGGGAGCCUGCUUCUAGGAGCGUCACCUCGAGUCCCCGACGCCGGAACAGGGCAGCGUCACCAUGGCUCCCGUGUGGCCGACCCCGCGCUGCCGGCCGCGCUUCCUCCGCGCACGAGGGCACUCGUUCCGCAGAGGGCUCCCCGGGCGGCGCCACGCUCUCGCUCGCGUGCCAGGUGUGGGAAGCACACUCCCGCAGGCCCGGGCCCGGCCCGCUCCCUCCCAUGGAGGUGGCUUUUCUGACCCUUCUGGAGUCGCACGCAUCAGGCUGGCCCUCGGGGCCGUCCACCGCGCGUCGUGGCCACUUCACGGGGUGGCCUGCGCUGGACCCGAGGCCCGGCCCCGGCGAGGGGGGCCGCCCGCCGCACCGUCUCGUAGGCCCCCGGGGAGGGAAGGACGGUCCAUGAACCAGGGGCAGCGGGCGCCUUGUCACCUUUCUUUUUUAAAAAAAGAAUGUAAGGUUUUCUUCUCUCGGAAAUGUUUCAAGUUCUUUUUCUGUUUCUAGCAAUGUGGUGUUAGAGAAGCGGGAGCGAGAAGACAGUGGACUCCUUUUGUAGUUUACCUGAAUUUUCCAUGCCCUAUCUCAGCUGUGUAGAGCCACGGGACCAUAGAUGGGGGAGAAGUGAGGAGUUCCGGAACUUUCCUUGAAGGAAUGUGGGUCCUUGUAAAUGGGGCUGAAGGCCAAAAUGGCACUUGUGUGCUCCCUUGGAGCUGCUUCCAGGGAAUGUGCUCUGAGAACAAAUCCAGGAGGGAGGCCCUUCGACAUCAUCUCGGGAGCUGCGGGCCCGGCUGCCCCUUCAGUUCAGUGCUCGCGCCGGGCCCUUCCCGCGCUUCUGGGUUAGUCGUCCCGAGCCCCAGGGUCUCAGUUUUGAAGUCGUUUGUGGCUCCUAGAAGCGUGUACACCGUGUGGCACCAUUUCACACGACAUUGGUACUUUUAAAACUAAAAACAUUAAUGGUGGUGCAAUACUCUUUAUGGACUUCAUUUGGUUUUACCAUUUUUUUCCAGUAAUGUCCUUUUUCUGUUGCAAGAUCUAGUGUAGGAUAACAAGUUGCACUUAGAACUAAUGCUUUCAUUUUCCCUUUUGUUUUGAAAUCGUAGACUCAUAAGAAGUUACCAAGAUAGAGGUCUCAUGCACCUUCAGCCUAGUUUUCCUCUGUGGCGGUUUCUCACAGAAUCACCAUACAGUAUCAAAACCUGGAUUUUUGACACUGGUGCCACAUGGCCGUAGAGCUCGACGUCGUCUGGCGUGGGCAGAUCUCUAGGGUUCCUGCUCUGGUCCAGUGCAGACCCCCCCCCAGACUGCCUUGUAGCCAGCAGCCGCCCCCCCCCCCCCCCGUCCUUGGCAACCACUAACCUAUUGUCAUCUCUUUUGUCAUUUCAAGAAUGUUGUAUAAACGGGAUAAAUCAGUGUGUAACCAUUUGGGAUUGCUUUCUCUAAGUAUAAUUCUCUGGAGGCUCAGCCAGGUCCUUUGUGUGACAGUGGCUCGUUCCUUUCAUUGCCAAGUGGUAUUUCAUGGUCUACUUGUUGACCUUCAAAGGCUAUCUGGGAUUUCCAAAUAAAGCUGCUAUGAAUGUGUGCACGGGCUUCAGCGUAAAUACUAGUUUUCUCUGGGAUGAAGUCCACUUCACUAAUUUUAAGUGCUUGAUUCCAAAACUUGCCCCCCCCCCCCACUUCGUAAU